AUGUUGGCCCACACCUUCACUGCGCUCCUCGUCGGGCUACUCGCCGUCAGCUCAGCCGUCGAAGCAGUCAGGAUCCAGAAACCCGGACUGACGCAAUCGCAGACUUCCAAGACCCGCGCCAGAGAAAUCAAGGCAGCUUACCGUACAUCGUACCAAGCCUACCUCAAAUAUGCUACUGGCCACGAUGCGCUUCUGCCACUCAGCAACGGCUUCACGGACGCGUUUGGAGGCUGGGGAGCUAGUGUCGUUGAUUCACUCAGCACAUCUUUCCUGAUGGACCACAAGGAUCUGUACGAUCAAGGCGUCGAGUUUUCAAAACGCAUCGACUUCACGAAAACCUCUUCGGAUUCCAUCUCGCUCUUUGAGACCAACAUUCGAUAUCUGGCCGGCCUCAUCUCUGCCUACGAGAUCGGCGGCAAGAAGGAACCAAAACUCAUCGACCAGGCCAAAGUUGUAGGCGACCAUCUGAUCACCGGUUGGUUGGACGCCAAUCCUUUGCCAUGCAACACGCUCAAGUGGAACAAUCUAGCAAAACCCAACACGUGCGAGUCGUCGGGAAUCGCUGAAGCGGGGACGUUGAUCCUGGAAAUGGAUCGGUUGAGCAAGUACACCGGUGAUGCCAAGUAUCUGCGUCUCGCAGAGAAGAGCAUGAAGGCAAUUGCGCAGUCCAAGGGCGUGUUUCCGGGCUUGUUCGCUCAGGUGUAUGACCCGAGGACGGGGAAGCCAAAGGACGAUUACGUGACAUGGGGUGGCGGAAGCGAUUCGUUUUUCGAGUAUCUGAUCAAGUACGCGUAUCUGAUUGGUGACGAUCAGGACGUCUGGAUUCCCACUUGGGUCAACAGUGUCGCUUCGAGCAUCGAGCACCUUGUGGAACAUCCGGAGCAGACGCAGGCGAGCUCGUUGGCGUACCUUAGCGAUUACUCGGCAUCGAACGGUGGCAACCUUCCGCGAUGGUCACACUUGGGGUGCUUUGCUGGAGGCAACUGGAUUUUGGGCGCAAAGAUGAUCGGACAAGCUUCGUUUGAACAGUACGGCCAAGCGUUGACGGCUGCUUGUGCCAACACGUACAGCUCGAGUGCGUCAGGCAUUGGACCGGAGAGCUUUGUGUUCAUCGGACAGGGCAACAAUACGAACGGUAUCACGAUCCAGAAUCGGGAGUUCUACCGUCAGCACGGAUUCGAUUUUGAAGUGACGCAGUACAUCCUGCGCCCGGAAGUGAUGGAGUCAGUUUUCUACGCUUACCGCACCACCGGAGAUACCAAGUGGCAAGAGAUUGCGUGGAACGCCUGGACGUCGAUCUACAAGAACUGCCUCGUCAAGCAAAACGGUGCGUUGGCUGCGUUGGCCAAUGUCAACUCGACAAGCCCGACAAAGUUGGAUGAUUCCGAAUCGUUUCUGUACGCGGAAACGUUCAAGUAUCUCUACUUGAUCUUUGCCGACCCAGACAAGGCGAAUUUGGACAGGUAUGUGUUCAACACGGAAGCGCAUCCGUUCGAGGUCGAUCAGCCGCGUAAAGCGGGGUACAACGCUCCAAAAGUGAAUGUGAGGCCGUUGGGCACGAAGAAGGCGCAGAAGGAAAAGGCGGAUCAAACGGAGCAGACGGAGAAGACGACGGUGAAGGAUGUGCCGAUGCCCUUGUUUUCGGGGUUGCCCGGGUUCAAGUCGCCCAUCGGGGGAGGAGGAAACACGUUGGGUAACGUGUUGGGCUUUGGAAAGAGAUCGGCUAGUGAAGUGAGAAAGCAUGCCAAAGGCAAAAAGAGGCAGGUUGAAGAGGGGCAGUAG